UCGAACCUGCCCGGUGGUUUUCAAGGAAUCAAUCUUUUGUUGUGCUGAUAAAUAAUAUACAAUUUUAAACACCUUCGUUAUUUCAUUCGCUGAUAACUUUCAACUGUUAACUGUCAAGUUUCGACUGAUGAGAAUAGAAUGCCUUGUGAAAUAAUAACUUUGCAGCUUGGCCAAUGCGGUAACCAAGUUGGUUUUGAAUUUUGGAAAAAGCUGUGUGCAGAGCAUGCCAUCAAACCUGAUGGUAUUUUAGAAAGCUUUGCCACCGAAGGCACAGAUCGGAAGGAUGUAUUUUUUUACCAGGCAGAUGAUGAGCACUACAUACCAAGGGCUGUCCUUCUUGACCUGGAGCCUCGUGUUAUCCAAUCCAUAAAAAAUUCACAAUAUGCAAAACUUUAUAAUCCAGAAAAUAUAUAUUUAUCCAAAGAUGGAGGAGGUGCCGGGAAUAAUUGGGCUUCAGGUUAUUCACAGGGGGAAAAAGUUCAAGAAGAAGUUUUUGACAUAAUUGAGAGAGAAGCUGAAAACAGUGAUAGUUUGGAGGGAUUUGUAAUGUGCCAUUCAAUCGCAGGGGGAACUGGGUCUGGAAUGGGAUCAUAUUUACUCGACAGGUUGGCCGACCGUUUUCCCAAGAAGAUAAUCCAGACCUACAGCGUAUUUCCCAAUCAAGAUGAAAUAAGUGAUGUUGUAGUUCAACCUUAUAAUUCUGUUCUUACACUGAAGCGGUUGACAAAAUCAGCGGAUUGCGUUGUUGUACUCGACAACACAGCUCUAAAUAGAAUAGCGACAGAUCGUCUUCACAUUCAACAGCCUACUUUCUCACAAAUCAACUCUUUAGUGUCGACUAUUAUGUCCGUGAGCACUGCCACUUUAAGGUACCCUUCAUAUAUGAAUAAUGAUCUGAUUGGUCUAAUUGCACCAUUGAUUCCUACACCAAGGCUUCAUUUUCUCAUGACUGGUUACACGCCAUUGACUGGCGAACAUGAGGAAGCAUCAGUGCGAAAGACUUCUGUUAUGGACGUCAUGAGGAGAUUGCUCCAACCGAAAAAUAUGAUGGUUUCCACCGAACUGGACCGUGCAGGACUCCAUCGGUACAUCUCCAUUUUAAAUAUAAUCCAGGGUGAGGUGGAUGUAACGCAAGUUCACAAGUCAUUGCAAAGGAUCCGUGAAAGAAAGAUGGUCCAGUUUAUUUCAUGGGGCCCGGCCAGUAUUCAGGUGGCAUUGUCUAGAAAAUCGCCUUACGUUCACACCGCACACAGGGUCUCUGGGCUUAUGCUUGCAAACCACACGAACAUUGUUUCACUUUUUAAUCAAGUUCUAUUCCAAUACGAUAAACUGAGGAAGAGGGAGGCGUUCUUAGAGCAGUUUCGUAAACAAACGAUGUUCCAGAAUAGUCUCGAAGAAUUGGACGUCUCGAGAGAAGUCAUUGAAGACCUUGUCAACGAGUACAACGCUGCUACAAAACCAGAUUAUCUUACCUGGAAAUCAAGUGCUAUUCUUGACGAACCGUCAACUGCUGGGGAAUAAAAAUCUAAAACUAACUGCACCACCACCCAUCACAAGACGAGACGAAGUGCCACACGAUUUGCCAUUCUUAGUUUAGCCAGAAUGCAAAUAAGAUUGCUAAAAUUACAGGACUAACCAAAUGGCUGUGUAACCAAAAUUAAACAAGACAGUUCUGUAGACUUGUUAUAAUUUGAAAAUCUCAAUGCGCUUUGCCAAGAUUAAAAAUUAAAAUCUUGGAACUUGACUUAAAGCUGAUGUUAUGAUGGAUCAUAAAAAUAAAAAGAUUUUUUUUUCAUAUAAAAAUGAA